AAUGCCGACAAACAGCAUCUCUACGCAUGACUUCUGACUUGUGCUCUGAGUCCCCAGGGCCGCAGAGCAGCCCAUGGAAAAGGCGAGUCUGGCAGGACCAGCUCAGGACGUGAAGCUUGGACAAGUGUUUUAACCCCUACGUGUCAGUGAGCAGGGACCUGCGGUGUGAGGCUGGCAAGUAGACAGUCGUGAUGGGUCCUCAGGAAAGGGGCCAACAUCUGCAGGCCCGACCGCCCAGAGCAGGACUGCCCAGGGACCACCGUGGGGCCCAGCCCUAGGCCGGGCACGAGCUGUCGGGGAAUGGUCAGGCCACAGAGAGGGACACUGAGGCCUGGGGGGGUUAGGUCCUUCCGCCCAGGCCACACGGCCAGGCUCCUGCCUCACUGCCCGUCUCCCACACACCAGGGGACCGAGGAGCCAGCUCGGCCUGAGAAGCACCCCCCCAGACGUGAGGUCCAGCCCCCACCAGACGGGGGGCCCCAGGAGGCCUCUUCCUGCCGUCCACGCACCUUAUAUGCUGAGGAAGAAGGGCAGGGCUGGCCUACACGAGUACAUCGCUGUCUGAGCUCAUCCUGUGGAUGGGAGGGAGGGCCCCUCCCACUUCCAAGAAACUGGCCGGGAGCCUGGGUCCAGCCAGUUGGGCCCCGGGGACACAGGAGGAUUUAGCGCCUGGGAGGAGCCCCAGGCGACGGUGAGCAGCUAAGACGUGCCCAGUCAGCAGGUAAGAAGCCUUGGGGCCCCUGCACCCAGCCCACCUGCUGGCUCUGGGCUCCCCUGAGGACUUUCAGGCCUGGGAGCUGGGGUGAGGAUGGGGAAGCAGACAGCGGACGCGUCAUUUACAAGCCGGGACCCUGUGCCCUCAUUUGUAUGUACCGGGCAGGUGUGCCCAUUCUGAGAGCCAACAGGACAGCCAUCCAGGUAGCCCCUCCACUCCUCCUCACCGCCUGCCGGGCCCAGAGCCCCCCUCCCAGCGCUGGCCCUCACCCUCCACCCGGCUCAGCCCCUGGGGUCCCUCAGGGAGACCGAGGCCCCGAGAGGGGCUCACCACAGUCCCCUUCCAUGACCCCAGAGUCCAGCCCUGCUCUCUGCGUGCCCUGACACCACCAAGCAUGACCGUUCCCUGCUCAUGGAGAUCCUGCGGAGGGUAAAGGCAAGAGACCCCAACCCACCCCGCUAAGCCCUGCUCCCGGGCGCAAGGAGAGCCACACAGAAGGGGCAGGCAAGGACUCCGGGCUGGGAGGCUGGGAGGGUCCCAGGGGGCUGCAGAAGUUUCCAGGGUCCUAAAGGAGGCAGACCUGGGUAACAGGGGAGGUGAGGAUGGUCCAGGCAGAGGCACAGCCCGGCCGGGGGGCACCUGGGGGAGACCCCGAGGUUGGGAGGCGGGCUGUUCCCCCCCACUGUGUCUCUGGGUGUCUCUGUGUCUCUCUUCGUGUCUCUUUCACACUCUGGGUGUGUGUCUGUCUCUCCCCGCAUGGCUCCCUGACUCCUCACCCUAGGCUGACAGCUGCUGAGAGGCUGAGAACAAAGGCCAGCGUGGACUCUGCGGGGAGGGGCAGAGGGAAGGGCACCUCUGAGACUCCGCCAUCGGGGUCUGCCUCCCCUGUUCCGAGAUGGAGUCUCUCCCCUGAGACUGGAAUAGGACUCGCCCCCUUGCUGCCCCUAAGGGGCUGGCAGCAGAUGCUUGCACGGGUUUCUCCUGAGGACCCGGGGCAUCACCACAUCCCCAAGGUUGCCAAGGCUUCAGAGCUGCAUGUGGCCAACCCGCCUGCAGCGGGAGGAGCCGGCUGAACUCCUGCCUGGUCCGGAGAGCCAGGGAGGCUGGGGGUGUCCUCAGCCUUCUCUCAUCCUCCCAGCCUCCCACCACCCCCACAGUACAGCUCCCGCCCCCGGCCCCGCUGCCCACCCUCCAUGGCCAGCACAGGACUGAGUGUGCUCAUGGCGACCGCUGGCCUGCGCCCGGCUGACCCUCUGGGGCUGGGGUGCAGCAGGAGCGUAGUCCAGCCUCUCCCCACGUGGAGUCCCUGAGUCGUGUCCACACGGGUGCCCCCUUUGCCUCGAAUCCUGUCCAGCCGAUGCCGACCUCUGCAGCGACGCUGGUACACAGCUGUUUGUGCGUUUAGUCUCACCAUCCAGCCAGGGGCAGGACCACCCACCGGGUUGGCAUCCUCGUCUCCCCGGAUCAGGCGUGUCUUAUGGAAUCCUCCUUUUACCAAGAGGUCGGGGGGCCUGCAGGGCUGGGCGCUGGCCUGAAAGGGGCCGUCUGGCGGCCUCGGGAUGCGCCUGUGUGCUGACAACUCGACGUCUGUCACUUCCCUCCAGGGUCCUGCCCGCCGGCCGCCCAGCCAGCCAGCCAGCAUGCUAGGGAUCUGGGGGACCUUCAGCAGCGUGGUUUUCUACCUCACCCUGGCCAUGGGCCUCGGGGGACUGCUGGGGAACGCGCUGGUGCUCUGGCACCUUGGCCUCCACAUCAAGAAGAGCCCCUUCGCCGUCUACGUGCUCCACCUGGCCGCCGCGGACUUCCUGUUCCUGGGCUGCCAGCUCGCCUUCUCGGCCGUGCAGGCGGCCCUGGGCUCUGAGCACAGCCUCUACUUUGCAGUCACCUUCGUGGCCUUCUCCAUGGGCCUCUGGCUGCUGGCGGCCUUCAGCGCCAAAUGCUGCCUCUCCGACCUCUUCCCCGCCUGCUACCAGGGCUGCCGCCCCAGACACACGUCAGGCGUCGUCUGCGGCCUCAGCUGGGCCCUGGCCCCGCCGGCUGUGCUGCUGACCGCCGAUGCCUGCGGCCUGCUGCGUGAGAGCGUGCGCCUGCUGGCCUGCCUGCACUACCACGCGGCCAACGUCGCUGGGCUGCUGGUCCUGGCCUGCGCGGCUUUCGCAGCUGGCCUGGUCCUCCUCGUCUGGGGGGCCUGCUGCUCCCAGCACCAGCGCCCGCGGUUCUACUACACUGUGCUGGGCUCCAGGCUCCUGCUGCUCGUCUGCGGCCUCCCCUACCUCCUCUGCUGGACACUGCGCCCGUACCUCCCAAGCUUCCUGCUGUCCACCUUCUUCCAGCCUCUGCGGGCGGUCCUCCAGCGCUCCCUGGGGGAGGGCGCCCAGCUGGGAGCCGGCGGGGUCUCCCUGCCCAUGGGCCACGUGUGGGGGCCGCCCUGGCUGCCCCCCACCCCCCAUCCCUUGCCAGACCCUCCAGGACUCCAUGUCAUUCCCCGGCUCACUCACUCUGGUGACCCAACGGCUGGGUGCCAGGUGAGAGCUGUGGUCUUGACUCCCCACCCCUGGCCUGCAGGGGACAAGGGCAGCCCAAGGACCAGGCCAGAGACAUAGCAAGGAGGCCGGGAGCCCCCAGGACUGGGGCGAGGAGGGGCACCCCAGCUCCCGCCUCCUUCCCACCCUGCCACCAGCUGAGGCAGGAGUGAAGAGGACAUGGCCCCCCAAGGCCUACAUGGGGAGCUGGGCAGAGGGGAGCCGGGACACUGGCUGAGUGAGGGGCUGUCCUCACUGAGGCCCAGCCCCCCAGGGGACCCCUCCCAGGACCUGCCCUGCAGUCUCCCCACUGGCCACCAGAUGGCGCGGCUUCCCCACCAAGUGCACACAAAGCCCGUGGGCAAAGCCUGGGUCACUGCAGAGCCAGGUGCCCCCUCAGCCCUCCCCUGCCCCUCCCAGCCCCGAGGGUCCUUGACACCGGCUGCCUGGAGGGUGCCCUUGCUCCCCACGCCCAUCUUCAGCUUCCCCUCCUCCAGGGGAUCCUCUGUUCACCCAUCACUCCUCGCCCAUCCCUGCCCACCUGCGCGGACCCUGCCCCUUCCCCUGCCAGCACCCCACCCCCAGGGCUUCCCUGGUGAAGAAGGGGAGGGAGGGAGGGAGACUGAUGGUGGACGGACUGGUAGAUGAGUGGAUGGACGGAUGGACGGAUGGUGAUGCGGAAGAGCGAAUGGGAGGGAGGAGGAAGACAGCUGACGCCAUUCCUUGCAGCUUCCGAAGUGGAGUUCCUUGUAUGUGUUUCUGAUGAUAUUUUAAAAUGAUACUUCAUGGUCAUUGUCAAGACUUUCAAGUCCUACAGAAAACAUUGAAAAGCUAAGUCUCCAAACCUUUCGGACUCAGAGGGAGGCAUGUGAGGCAUAGAACCCUCCAGCCGUGUUCAUUUUUGUGAUGAAGACCCAUAGAAAUUUCAAUUUUUACCAAAGAUGAAGACAUUCUAUACCUGCUACACGAAACCUGUUACAACAAUGCCUGUUACAACACCAGGAGAAUUGUUUUUUAAAAGUUGUCCCUUUUCCACUAGAAAAGGUAUGUGCUGCUCAUCCUUGGGACUUUGGAGAACGCUAAGGAAAGGAAAGAAGACUUACCUGGACCCCUUCCCGGCCCAGAGACACUUCUGCAGGUUGUCCAUCCUUCCUGGGGUGGACAGGACUGUGGCCACCCCAGGUCCUCCCACCUGGUCUCCCCAGACAGUGCCCUGAGGACUGGAUGAUUCCAGCCAAGGGAGGCCAUGGCUCUGACAGCCUAGCAGGCUCAGGAAGGAGGGUCAGCGACCUCAGCCUUGGCUUUGGGGGUAAGAUGGGGAGGGGCCGUCCAUUCUUGGGACCACUUCACGCUGGACCCAAGGAGGGGUGUGGCCUCCUUCCUAGAGUCCCUGGAAAUGCGAUGAGGGUGGGGCGGCCUCAGAGACGUGCUAGCAUCUGCCUCCACCUCUCCCAGCCCCAGGAAAUCGCUGCGGGGCCCCCUGAGGGGCCGUCCAUCUGCGUGCCACCGGCAGAGACAGAUAGGCAGCCGGGCAGCUGGCAUUGUCUGGGGUGUGUGAUGAGCAGCCCCCUCUGGACAGAUGGGCAGGGCCGGACCUCUGUCCCGGAGCCCGCUCCUGGGGAACGGACGCCAGCCUGGGCCCUGUAGAGCCAGUGUGUCCCCAGUCCCGGAGACGUGACGCCACCGAGAGGGGCCUGCAAAGGCAGGACUGGGCUCCUGUCCCUCUGGCGUCUCUCCAGCCAGGUGACCUCCGGCGAGUCUCCUGACUGCGGGAGCCUUGUCUGCAGAAGGAAAAGCAGAGUAGCAUCUCCGACCUGGACUCCGAGGAAGGAGGCAGGAGGCCAGGCUGGUGGAGGGCGGACCGUGACCUUCCUUCCUGACCUUCACGGUCAGCCGCGUUGCCUCUGCCAUUUCCAACUCCGUCUCUGGGCAGAGCUCCGUGUGUCCCCAGCCCUCCCUGACCUUAGCACAGAAACCGCGCUGACGGCUGGCACCCCGCCCAGCCCCCAGGCCUGUCCUCCUGUCUCUCUGUCCUGUGACACUGGGAGCUUCCUGGCAGCGGGCGCCCUGCUCUCAGCUCUCCUGGUACCUGCCCGCCCAGCUGAGCAUCCGGCGGGGCUCCUCCCCCCUCGUGCUGCGCUUCCUGUGCUCAUGUUUGAGCCUCAGUGUUCGCGUGUCUCAUCGGAAGGGGAGCUCCUGGGGGUCGGGGUUGGGGCCGUCUCCCUGGGCUGAGACCCGGACGGCUGGGAGGAGCGGCCUGACAGGCAUUCGUGGGGUGGGCGGACUGGUAGAUGGGUGAGCGGGUGAUGGCACAAACGUGGGAUUCAGUGAGUCAACGAUGUGGCUGAAAUGGAGCGCCACUCAGAGGGAUCAGCUCAGGCUGAUUCUGGGAACUUCUGGGUCAGCCGAGGCCUGACCACUGACCUGACACCUGAGCAGAAGAUGGGAGACGCAAGGGACCCAGGUGCUCAGAGCCGCCCCAGCCCAUCACCAGCUCGCCACCCCACUCUCCGCUUUCAGCCAGCAAACACCAGCGGAGGCAACUCAGGGCCAGAGGCGGGCGGGAGCUCGGGGGAGGGUCACGGCAAGGUGUGGCCGCUUCCGCAAGAGCUCAGCGUCUGGAGAAGUGAUGGACACGUCCGCUCCAUCCAAGGACGGCACGUGAAGAGGCUGAGAGAGGCCCCGUGUGUCCCAGCUUGACCUUGACAACCAUCAGCAUGUCCACCCCUUUCUAGUCGUGCAUGUCCCGCUGUGGAUGACAAACCAUCCAGCCUCCCUAGUGUUCCAGAUGCAAGGAAGAGGGUCACGUGCCCCCCCACUCAUAAAGCAGAGGGGGCUUCUAGGAGGAGGGGGUGCCAGCGCUGAUCCCUGGACUGCCUGUGUCAGGAAGGGACUACCACCCGUGGGGGACCAUCUGAGAGGCCCCCAAACACAAGCAGAGAAGAAGAGAAAGAAAGAAGGGGGCCCCAGAGGAGGCUGAAGGCGCUGGAUCCUGGGAUGGGACGGGCAUGCCCUAGACAUGAGACAGCGGUCCGCCGGGGACAGUGGGCGAGACCAGCCAUGCGACCCUCCUCCUGGGCCGGCCUUUCCUGUGGUUCCGCUCAGAGCAAGUGUAGAUACUGUGAAACAGGUCAAGUUUCAGCUGGUUUUUGUUUUCUUUUUUUUUCCAUGUGGAUAACCAGCCAUUCUAGUAACAUUUGUUGAAAAGGUUUCCCCUCUCCUAUGAAUUACAUGGCGCCUUUGCUGUAAAUCAGUUGAUUGCACAGGGAGGCGUCAUUUCUGGGCUCUGUUCUGUGUUGGUCUGUUUUUCCUCAUGCCAACAUCACACUGUCUUAAUUACCAGCAUUAAAAAUAAGUCAUGAAAUCA